AUGUCACCAAGUAUAAUGACUACGGUUUCAAGUCUAUUUCGCACGCGUCUGCGAAUACAAAACCUCUGUAAAUUAGGUCAUCAUCAUUUCAUUAAUAGUACCAAUACCACAUUAUUUUCAUUGGGCUAUUUCAAUAAAACAUUUGUAGAGUUAAACUAUGUUGAUCCCAGGGAUUUGGCGCAUAAUACAUUUUUUGCUUUACAUCGUCCUUUACCUACUAUCAACGAUCAAUUAGCGCCUGUUUGGGGGGCUGGUCAACAACAGCCACAAGGCUGGGAGGAGGAAGAAGAAGGUAAGGCUGAUAUUCCGAACAAUUAUUUACUGAUUAUUUACCAACAUUUUUAG